CGUGCCCAGGACCGAAAGCAGGCGAUGUAUAAAGUGGGGCGCGCCGUCUGGACAGAAGAAGCGAGGUGGCGCGGCGCCGGCAGCCUUUUUUCCUUUCCUGCUUGUCAGAGGGGGAGCCUUUUGCGGGGUGAACGCGGCGGGCGCGUAGUGGCACCUCACUCGGCGGAUACGGAGGUCGGCCGGUGGUUUUAGAGGCGAUUUCUUUAGUUAUCAGUCCCCACUUCGGUCACGGGAGCCCGCGAGUGCGGCCAGACGCUUCCAGAGGCUGGGCGCACGUGCUCUCAGGGAACGUCCUCUUGCGCGCCAAGCCUCCCACCCACCCCGUUACUUGUAUAGUGUUUUGGGGAGUCCGUGACCCCCACUUUCAACUUCUAGCAAGGCUCCGUUUCUAGUCUCGGCUGCUUUUCCAGAGUGCGCAGGAGCCUCUGAGGAGUACCGGCACUCCAGGGCGGGGCGCAUCCCUUGACCAGAUGGAGAAAAUGAAGCCGCGGGCCGUGGUGGACCAGUCUCUGCGAACCGCCAGCUGCAAUGGGUACGCGCCGGCAGAGAAGCAGCCGCCCCCGCAGCGGAGUCGCUCCGUGGAAGCGCCGUCCCGUAGCUGGAAGACCGCGGCUAGUGGGCAUCCCUUAGAGAGCUGGAAGGAAGAGAGGACCCGCAGCGAAGAGGACAACGAAAUGAACUUGCCCGGCCUGGCCACCGCUUACACCACCAUCCUGAGCGCCUUGGGCGAGGACCCGCAACGCCAGGGGCUGCUCAAGACGCCCUGGAGGGCGGCCAUGGCCAUGCAGUUCUUCACCAAAGGCUAUCAGGAGACCCUUACAGAUGUACUCAAUGAUGCCAUAUUUGAUGAAGACCACGAUGAAAUGGUGAUUGUGAAGGAUAUAGAUAUGUUUUCAAUGUGUGAACAUCACCUGGUUCCAUUUGUUGGAAAGGUGCAUAUAGGUUACCUUCCCAACAAACAAGUCCUUGGGCUCAGCAAGCUUGCAAGGAUUGUAGAAAUAUACAGUAGACGAUUACAAGUUCAGGAGCGCCUUACAAAGCAAAUUGCUGUUGCCAUCACAGAAGCUUUGCAGCCUGCUGGAGUUGGGGUGGUGAUUGAGGCAACGCACAUGUGUAUGGUGAUGCGAGGGGUUCAGAAAAUGAACAGCAAGACUGUAACCAGCACGAUGCUUGGAGUAUUCCGAGAAGACCCAAAGACACGUGAAGAAUUUUUGGCACUCAUCCGUAGCUAAAACCGUGCCACCGGUUUUCCUUCCUGGACUGUCUUCUCUAGCGUUGCUGUUGAUUCUUUUGCUGUUUGUCUUGGUCGUUCUCUUUUUGAAAAAGUAACAGUCACUUUAACCUUUCUGGGGUUUUGGUGUGUUGGUGGUGAGUGCCACACGUACUUUAUUUGCUCAGGUGGUUCCUUGUGUCAGUGGACCAUAAAAGUCCUGGAAAUAUUUUCUCGGUCUAUGUUACGUGACUGUUUUAAGGCAAAUGUCACGAAAUUGUUGUGUGUUUUGUGUGGGCUUAGUAGGGUUGUUCUUGUCAAAGUUAUCUGAAGUGCUUUAAGGACAUAUCCCCACUGAGACAGAGAAACCCUUUGUCCUGGUGUCCACAAAAUUUCUCCCCGCUUUUUCAGGGUCAAGGAAGACGGAUGAGGUAGUUGGAGGAUUUUUCAUAUUCUAGAUGUUAAAGAGAGGGUGACACACCCUUCUCACAUGAUCCUUUGUUUUGCAGACAACAGUCGAGCCAUACUUCCACACACACCCCAAUCAGGGGUCAAUUAGCCAUCACUGGUCCUUGUUUCAGAGCAACUUGUACAGCCAGUCCCCCAGCCCUCCAGUUUGUACUUCAGUUGCAGCUAACCCCAUUCUCCGCUUUCUCAAUCUCUCUUACAUCCUGCAAAUGAGCUUGGGCCCCCUUCCCUCAGGUGGAUGUGUUUUGCCUUCCCUUUGCUCAGAUGUCUCUCAAAUCUCAGGCAACUGGAAGUCAACGUCCUUCCUUCGGCUUCCAUUGAUGAAAUGGAAAUGAUGGGCCCUUUCAGAAAGGGAAGAAAUAUCUGGAACCCUUCUUUUGGGGUGGGUGGGAUUGUUUGCAUUCAUUAUUGGGCCAUUGCCCUUGACAUAAUAGGAAUUUUUUUUUCUGAAAGACCAAGGAUCUGAAGUCUGGAGAUGUGCACUUUAAUCUGACCAUAAUCCAGGAAACUGGGCUGCAACUAUUUUUCCUUCAAAGGAGUUGCUUAAACAAAAGAGACUUGGCAAAAGCUCUGGCACUGAAGAGAAUACAUCAUGGUUUGCCUGGGGUUUAUUUUACUAAUGGAACAAGGUACGAAAUGGAAUCCCUUUUGAAGGGAUGGGAGCAGAAGAACUAUGUACACACCCAGAGCUGCUGUAUAAGCUGGGUCUGCAUUUCCAGGCUUGCUAGGAAUUCUGAGAAUUGUAGUUUCAACUCAUUUGGAGGGCAUAAACUUGGGGGAGGCUGGGCUGUCUUCAGGAGUCCAGGACUGAUUAAAUGUUGAUAGGGUUUGAGCAUUGUGUUUUUCCCUAUAUGAAGCUGAUUUAGAUGUUGUCUGUAGUAAACUGUAGCAAUCUUUUUACCACAUGAUUUCUACUUAAUGUGGGUUGUGAGUAUAUUCUGGACACUACAUAGUUUGCAAUCUGUACCGGACUAUUUUCAGGGCUUGCAUGCAAGUAAGAGUGAUCUAAAUCACUUCUUGGAUGUCAGCCCUACAUUGUUUACAACAGCUUGGUGCCAAUUUCAGACCACCUCUAGCCUGGGAUUUCUGCAUCUUUGCCAUAACGGAAACAUUGACAGAAACAUUUUGAACAGAAUAAAUUUUCAGACAAAUAUGGAGUAAAGAAUAUUGGGAGGCUGUAUUUAGCAGCCAAUUCCUUAAUUGUCUUCAGUUCUUCUAUUUGCUGUUCAUAAGUGAUUUUUGCAGGCUAAAAUUAGGAGGAGAAUACAAGGAUCUCUGGAAAAACCCAGAGCUUUGUCUUUCUAACUCUCUUCUUUCAAAAAUGGGUAAUAUUAUAGACUCUGUUUCCUUGGCAGGGUUAGCAACUGCUUUCUCCUCCUGUGGCCCUUGGCAAGUUUCCAUCAUUGGGAGAGAAAAGCAAAGACGUUUAGAUCACGAAGCAGACAGUCUGUGCAGCUCCAGUGGGUUCCAGUUGUUUGUGUGAAGGACUUGGAAGGAUCCACCUCAUCUCAGUUCUGGCCAUAAAAGUGCCAAAAAGCUCAGCUGAAUUCAGGCUUACCAAAACACCAUCCUGAAUUCUGUGUUCUGAGACAACUUGCAUAAUGUAGUUUGCUCAGUCAUAGAAGGAGUUAAGGAGCUGCGUGCGGUACAGAGCUCCUGAUUUCCAGAUGAUUUGUUCAACCCCCCUUUGGGUUUUUGGGAUGUCCCCAUCCAUUGCUUAGUUUGCAAGGAUUUCUUUGCUGUAUUAGCUCAAAUUCUCCUGGAGCUGAUUUCAACGUGCAAUUCUUAAAUGGGCUUUCUGUUGGAUAUGUGGCAGCAUAUCUAUCUUUGCAGGAGUGUUUACAGCAUGCCGAAGUUCCAGCCAGUGAUGCCUUUCUAACAAAUGCUGCCUUCUAGGGAAGUGGGCAUUAUUUUAUUCGCACACUUCAGUUUUAGGCAUAUAACUAAACCCAGGAUGGGCAAUCUAUAGUUGCAGGCACCUGAUUCCUGUUUCUGACUCUCAGAGUUCUGAGGCCAUGAUUGCUAAACAUGAAGACAGAGUCUCCUGCGAUUUGAUGCCAGAUACAUGAACACUGCCAUAGAAGCCCUAAAAUAGGCAUAUCGCUGUUAACGCCCCUGUCCCCAACCCCCUCACUCUUACAUGAUAUAGCCCCACUCACGUUUUGCUCCUAAACCCCACCACCCUAUUAAAUGCAAUAUUGGCCAGCAAAGGUUGUCCACCUGUGACAUAAGUAUCUAAUUCCUGCUUUGGGCAAUUGCUUCCUUCACCAUAAAGUCCUCAGCAGGUGAGAGACUAAGAACGGUGGACAUGGGAGCUGUGAGCACAGCGGUGCUGGGUUCUGCAAACAGACACUUUUUGUGGGGACCAAAGUAGGUCAAGCUCUCGUCCUCCUCUUGUGUAACUGGAAUGGCAUGAAAAGCAGCUUACUGGAGCUGAUCUCAAUAAUUGCCCUCCGAAUGGAAAACAUAUUAAAGAAAGUUUUAUAACCACUCUAAUUAGAGAAAGAUGGGAUCAGAGUCCACUGCUUCACAGUCCUUAGUUUAUGUGAGAUGCUCAUUUCAUUUUGGCCAUCUGGCAAAGCAGCUGUUGAGCCCGGUCUGGUUCAAACAAGGGUGGAGAAUGAGGCACCUGCUUGUUUAUUUUGCUGUUGGCUUUUUGGAUUAGCCACCAUUAGCAAGGAUGAAGCAGCAGCAUCGGUGGAGGGGGUGUGGGUCAAAAUCUGCAAGAUGGCAGAUGCAGUAUCCCAACCCAGGCCCAUGUAUUUUUGCACAUGUAUUCUUGCAUCCACAUACAAAAUGGCAGGGAUUGCAACACUCUGCCUGCAAUCUUGUAGCUUUUGUCACCCCCACCCACACCCUACAGACACUGCUGGGAUAACAGGCAGAAUUUUGCAGCAUUGGCAGAGCCAGUGUUUUUAGUUUGGGGGUGGGGGGAGGUUGGAGGGGUUGGCUGUUGGAGGUUAUGGGGAAGAUGCAGAGGUUUAACAUACCCCUUGCAUCCUUUGAAACUAUGAUCACCCUAGAAUCCAGCCAAUGUCCCCGUUUUGGAGAGAGCUUUAAGAGGCAAAAUGGAUGCUGUAUGCUUUCUUUCUUAACUUGCCAGUGCCCCUAAAUCAUGAAAAAAAAAGUCCACCAUAGACUCUGGCGAUAUCACCCCAUCAUUGACAAAAUUCCCUGUGGUCCCCUGUCAAGGAAGGACGUUACAGUGAUUCCCAGGCUAAAAAGAGGUUGCCCAUCCUUGGACUAGAUAUAGACAUUUUGGAGUCAUCCAACAAAGGCUCUUUUUAAUGUUCUUAUUCAUUCAGAGGAAUGAAUCUGUACAGCAGUGUUUCUCAACCUUGGCGAGGCUGGCUGGGGAAUUCUGGGAGUUGAAGUCCACACAUCUUAAAGUUGCCAAGAUUGAGAAACAGUGAUGUAGAGCUUUGCAGAAAUUUUCACUAGUUUUCUUUGUUGGCCAGAUCUUGCCUUUCCUCCAAGAAGCAUGUCUAGGUUUUCCCCAUUUUAUUGUCUGGGAGAUGAAAAGCAACCUAAUCAACUCCCUGACUUUAGACUUUAGACUGAAGUUUUGAGUCUAAAUAUCUCUGACCUGUAACACUACGUCCCUCUAGGUCACCUUAUGAAUUGCACUCUAAUGUUUUAAAGCCUUAAGUUGCGCUGUGAUAUCAGCUGAAAGUUGGAAAAAGCAAGUGACUUGAUCAGUUUUAAAAGUACAAGAGAGCAAGGACCACCACCAUUAUAUAUGGUUUUUGUUGGCCCUGUACUUGAAACAGGAACCACUACAGCCUGCUUUGCUCAAGGGGUGGAGGAAAUAACUGCAUCCAGCCAGUCUCUCUGUCUUCUCUCUUACCACGCAGUCCUUCAGACAUACCUCUUAACUGGUACUUGGAUGCAUCCUAAUGGCAGCACUUCCUCUCUUGCACUGCUUGAAAGUGCAGGAGAGAUGCAGAGAAGUGGACUUCCAUUCCAUUCCCUGGAUCAAAGGGAAUUCCAAGUGGCUUGUUCACUUUGUGGCCUUAGAACAGUGUUUCUCAACCUUGGCAACUUUAAGCUGUGUGGACUUCAGCUCCCAGAAUUCCCCAGCUAGCAAUGGCUCCAUGAAUACUGUUGAUAAUUUUUGCGAAACCUGUCUCUUGCCCCUUAAUGUCAUUAUACUACCACAUCCGUGUAUGUACAUGUUGUAUGUGUUUAUCCAAAUAAGUAUAUGUACAGGUAUGUAAACCAUAUGCAAUUGGCUGUUGUCUUGCCCUCCAAUCAAAUUCUGGUCUAUUUAUAGUAUUAAAACGCAGCAUUGAUCACUUUUGGAGAU